AAAGUACUUUCUUCACUUGAAUCGGCCGCGCUACAUGAGUGACAGUAGGCGGAAGUUGGUAACAUUGAUCAAGAGAGAUAGAUAGAGAAGGAGAUAGAUAGAGAAGGAGAUAUAUAGAGAAGGAGAGAGAAGAUAAUAAGCACGUGUGCGGAAUUUACAAAAGACAUUGCGAUAGAAGGAUUGUUCGAAUAAAGAGUGUAGAGAGAGAGUAAUUAGAGGUAACGGAGAAAGAAACUUUAAUUGUCGUUUCUCUUGUUACAGAGCAACACAUUGGUUUUCUUUUCGAAAUCCUCAAUAAUAGAACCAUCUUACGAAACGACAAUUUCAACCACUUACAACAAUGGAUAAACUACAGUUUGAGUUCACAAUAGUCGCUUCUCCAAAAGACGAAAAAUCAAAUACGAUAGGCAUAACCUCAAUUAGAACGGAAGACGGUUUAACGUAUAUCUUACAAGGAGACCAUAGAUACAUAGCCAACCAUACAGAAUUAAUGAAAACAGAGAAUUAUGUGAAAGCAAAGAAUAGCUUAAAAAAAAGACAUCAGUCAAGAAAAGUAUGGAUCUCUAUGACAGAAGAGUUGAAAAAAAUUUAUAUGGACCAGGAUGGUAAUAUACAGUUCGCAGAUGAAUAUUUACAAGAAAUAGAAGAAAAAGACAGAGCUGAUAUAAGAAAAGAUGAUUUGAGUAAGAUACUAGAAAAAUUGAUGGAAACAUCACAGAAAAAAGAAGGGGAGAAAAAUUUAAAACAAAUUGCAGAUAAGUAUAUGAUUGAAAAAUUUACUAGUAAACACUCAAAUGCCAAACAAUGGAUAGAGACAUUUGAGAAGGAAUGUACGAGGUUUGAUAUCAUAGAAGAUGAAAUGAAAAUAGAGAUAUUAAGAUUGUUUUUGGAUAAAUCUUGUUCGGAUUGGCACUGUGCAACGUUAACGAAACUGACAGUUACUGCUAAAUGGAGGGAAUGGAAAGAUAGAUUUCUAGAGACCUUCGCUGAUAAAGGAUGGAACACAGUAACAUAUGCUUUGUCAUUUAAAUAUAAGGAAGGAUCUCUUAUUGAUUACGCAAUGAGAAAGGAAAGACUUUUGCUCGACAUGAAUAAAAAUAUAGACACAAAAACAUUAACGACCUUAAUAGCAGUGGGACUGCCAGGUUUCAUUAUGGAUAAAAUAGAUAGAGAAGAAUGUGAAGAUUCAACAAAACUAUUUAAUGAAAUAAGAAGAUAUGAGAGUUUGAAGAAAGAAAAUAGUAAGCCUAGCGUGGUAGGAAACAACUCAGUAAUAGAGGUAGAAUUGAACACAGAGGAAAAAAACUAG